AUGUCUGCGAAGGUCCCACGAAACUUCAGACUCCUGGAGGAGCUCGACAAAGGAGAGAAGGGUCUGAGUGCAGAUGCCUGCUCCUACGGUCUCGCCGAUGGCGAGGAUAUGAUGAUGAGCAACUGGAACGGUACCAUACUCGGCCCACCUCACAGCGUCCACGAGAAUCGCAUAUACAGCGUAAACAUCCACUGCGGACCCGACUACCCCGAUAACCCUCCCACCAUUCAAUUCGUCUCUCGCGUCAACAUCCCCUGUGUUGACCCCAGCUCCGGCAAGGUCGACCCCUCAAAGCUCCCUACCCUUGCUCAGUGGAAGCGCGACUUCACCAUGGAGACUGUCCUGAUUGAAUUGAGACGGUACAUGGCCUUGCCGCAACAUAAGAAGUUGCCGCAGCCCCCAGAAGGCUCGAAUUUCUGA